CAGCACCCUGGUGCUGGAGCUGUCUGUGGGGCUGCCGUGCCAACCCGGAGAGAAGAUGUCAGACUCGGAGGGGUGCCAGGAGGGUGCAGAAGGAGUGAGCCAAGUGGGAGAUGAAUCCCCUGGGGAGAACGAGAGGCUGACAGCACAGUGGAGCGUGGAAGAUGAGGAGGAGGCGGCGAGAGAGCGGCGGCGGCGUGAGCGGGAGAAGCAGCUGCGGUCCCAGGCAGAAGAGGGCUUGAAUGGCACCGUCUCCUGCUCGGAGAGCGCGGCUCUGGCACAGGAAAACCACUAUGACUUCAAGCCAUCUGGGACUUCGGAGCUGGAGGAAGAUGAGGGGUUCGGUGACUGGUCCCAGAAGCUCGAGCAGCGCAAGCAGAGGUCUCCAAGGCAGUCAUAUGAACAAGAGGAGAGUGGUGUGAGGGAAGCUCAAGUCAAACUGGAGCAGAUCCAGCUGGAUCAGGAAAGCCUGGAGGAGAAUAUGGUUGUCAGAGAGGAAGAGAGGCUGGGCCAGGAGGAAGAAGAGGCCCGGGAGCAAGAGGAAAAGAAGAGAAGGAGAAAUGAUGGAGAGAAGGAAGAAGAAACACCAGAGAAACGCCAGAAGGCCCCAAGCCUUGCCAGCCUGGAGGAGGAGGAGCUGUGCUCUGACCACACUGCAGUGUGCUCCACAAAGAUCACGGACAGAACUGAGUCGCUGAACCGCUCUAUACAGAAAAGUAACAGCAUAAAGAAGAGUCAGCCUCCUCUCCCUGUGUCAAAGAUUGAUGACAGGCUGGAGCAGUACACGCAGGCUAUUGAGACCUCCACAAAGGCUCCAAAACCUGUCCGGCAGCCCUCUCUUGAUCUUCCCACCACGAGUAUGAUGGUAGCCAGCACAAAAAGCCUCUGGGAGACUGGGGAGGUCACAGCUCAAUCUGCCGUGAAGCCCUCAGCCUGUAAGGAUAUUGUGGCUGGAGACAUUGUGAGUAAAAGAAGCCUUUGGGAACAGAAGGGGAGCCCCAAACCUGAGAGCAGUGUCAAGUCCAUUCCUUCUGGCAAAAAGUAUAAAUUUGUUGCAACAGGCCACGGCCAGUACAAGAAGGUGUUGAUAGACGAUGCUGCAGAGCAAUAGUUUGUCUGGAGAACUCAUUAACCAGCUGAGCUUGGUCCUGACUCAAUGCAACCCUCCAUGCCGCUGUAUCCUCUGCUCCACAGAAGAUACUUGAAGGAUGUUUCUCUUCUCCUGACUGCUCUCAGUCUGCUUUGGGUACAGCCUGACUCCUCUUGGGGUUUGAGCAAUACCCCACACUGCCUCCAGAUGAUGAAAGGAACUAGAUCAGCUGACAAAACUCAUCCCUCUUUUAACUUUCUCUGUGACUCUUUGGCUUUUUUUUUCUUUUUAAACUGUCUCUACUAUGGAGAUGAGAGGCUCUGUUCCCCCUCCUUAAGUGUUGGAAGAGAGGCAUCUGUUGCCCUGUUGAGCAGGCAAGGCUUUUGUUACGUGAUUAAAAAUUUUGCUUUUUGUGGCCCUCGAUGGCCCUGGGUUGGUGGCAGAGAAGUGAACUCAACAGAAAUCUGGUGAAGAACUGGUGUUUGGAAGGAGGGCAGUGGGCAGGUCCUGAGUGUAAAAAGACUGCAAGGAGAGUGUGAUGAGAGUGCAAGGACCACUUGUCACUGUUGGUGCCAGCUGUGGGAAAGGUCUUCCCCUGUUUAUGAUGCAGCCUCUGUCCCUUUACAUCAUCUGCUCUGAGGGACUUCCACCUACUGGUCUCUGCAUAGAUCAAAUUGCAUUCAACUUAGUCCUAUUUUUUUUUUUUUCUUUAGUUCCCAGAUCAUUCUUUAAUCAGAGUUAUGUACCCAAAAUGUAUGCCGCUUUUCUGUCUCAGCAAUAGCAGCUUUGUUUCAAAUAGCUGCUGCCCUCCUCUGCCUAAGGCGGAUUGGAGAUCUCCUUUCCCAGCUGAGGAGUGCUGACCACUGGUGUUAUCUCCCUUCUCUGGGAAAGUGAUUCGCUUAUCCUCUAACCUGUGGGCUCCGGUGUCAGUGACUGAAACGCUUCUAGGAGUUAGAUGUGGUGACACCUUGAUAGCUUGUGAGCUGUGUUCCUGAAGCUGAGCAGGAUAUCUGGGAAAUGGCUGCUGCUGGAAGCUAUCAUGGUGGAAUGGCAUCCUAGCAAAUUGUGGAGACCAAGGCUUGCUGUGAACCUGAAACUGAGUCCCUCAAGAGUGGAUUUCUGGCCUUGGGCCUGAGGUCUGCAAAUCGCCAGAGUUGUUUCUGAACUCUCCCAUGUCUUCAUACUUCAUGGUGUUAACAAGUUCCCCAGCCUCUCUUUAGUCUCAUUUCUACCUUCUUCCCAUGUCAUCAUAAUUUUGCAACUUGUUUCUACCCUCCUAGAGGGAAGACAGCUUGUUUCUCCUCCUGCAUCAGUGUGCUUUCUGCUUUUGACUGUCUGCCCCCUGGAUUUUCUUUCUUUUUUUUUUUUUUUUUUUUGGUAAGCAUUUAAUAAAAUUUGAACAUGAUGUUGUAAUAA